GCGCCGUGUGUCUUUCCCGGCCGGCGGCCCGUUCCCAUCACGCCGCGCCAUGGCGGAGGUGAAGGUGAAGCCGGAGGCCCCUGACCCCACCGACAUCGAGAGCAGGAUUAUUGAGCUGUGUCAUCAGUUCCCUCAUGGUAUCACAGACCAGGUGAUUCAGAAUGAUAUGCCUCACAUGGAAGCGCAGCAGCGAGCUAUGGCAAUCAACAGGCUGCUCUCAAUGGGACAACUGGACCUUCUCAGGAGCAAUGCAGGUCUCCUAUAUAGAAUCAAAGAAUCUCAAAAUGCAAGUAAAAUGAAAGGCUCUGACAAUCAAGAGAAGCUGGUUUACCAAAUUAUAGAAGAUGCAGGCAACAAAGGUAUUUGGAGCAGGGACAUUAGAUACAAAAGUAAUUUGCCUUUAACGGAGAUCAACAAGAUCCUGAAAAACUUGGAAAGCAAGAAACUAAUUAAAGCAGUUAAAUCUGUGGCAGCAUCCAAGAAGAAGGUGUAUAUGCUGUAUAACCUGCAGCCUGACCGGUCGGUGACUGGUGGGGCUUGGUACAGUGACCAAGACUUUGAGUCUGAAUUUGUGGAGGUGUUAAAUCAACAGUGUUUUAAGUUUCUACAGAGUAAGGCAGAAGCAGCUCGAGAGAGCAAACAGAACCCCAUGAUACAAAGGAACAGCUCGUUUGCCUCAUCCCAUGAGGUGUGGAAAUACAUCUGUGAACUGGGCAUCAGUAAGGUAGAGUUGUCAAUGGAAGACAUUGAAACCAUUUUAAAUACACUAAUAUAUGAUGGAAAAGUGGAGAUGACUAUUAUUGCUGCAAAGGAAGGGACAGUAGGCAGUGUGGAUGGACAGAUGAAGUUGUACAGAGCUGUUAGUCCUCUCAUACAACCCACUGGAUUAGUCAGGACGCCCUGUGGACUCUGCCCCGUUUUUGAUGAUUGCCAUGAAGGUGGUGAGAUUUCUCCAUCAAACUGUAUUUAUAUGACAGAGUGGCUGGAGUUUUAAAGUGAAGAAAAACUGUAAGCUGGAUUCAUACUUCUCAGCCAAAGUGACAAAGCAGCUUGCUUUUUUUCAAAAGUGGACUUCUAAAUCUGUGAGCAACUUCAGGACAUGGAGUGACUUUGUUUUUAAUGAAACAUAAAGCAGCAACAUGUCAGUUGCGUGAGCAGUCUUGUGAGCGGACUGGAAAUUGAGUCAGUGCUGAAGAUCAAGGCUGAAGUGGAAAUGUAGAUCCAUUCUUGUACCAAAAACUGGUGGUGACUUGAAGACUGCCGUAGAACAGCUGGGUGGUGAAAUGUCACUUCCAAGGAUUGUGUCGAGUACUCCACAGAUGUUUAUUCUGAAUGAGAGAAAAUAAGUCAUUAGCUGAUCCAAACAGUUGCUACUGAGUGUUGCCAAGAAUGAGAUCCCAAACUUUGCUUUCAGACUAAUGCUACUGGUGGGUGCUUAAAGCUGACACUUUUCUUCCAUGAUAGCUACCAUCUAACUGAAGUCUAAGAAUCCGAUGUGGAAAAGAUCCUAGAUAGAUCAAACAGAACUCACUGAUUCUUUAUCUUUCUUACUUGCUAAUUUAUCAUUAAAACCCUGGGGUUUUUUUCUCA